AUGACGACGUCGUUCGCAGCAGCGGCGCUCAGAGACCCUAAGCUUCAGAUCCCGACCUACCAUGGCUUUCGGUCUUCAUCCACCGCAUCUUCCCUCUCUCGCAAUGCUCUCUCCGUCCCUUCAUCCACUCGCUCCUCCUCCCUCAUACGCGCUGUUUCCACUCCUGCAAAGUCUGAAACUGCUACUGAGAAGAAGAGAAGCAAAGUUGAGAUAUUCAAGGAACAGAGCAAUUUCAUAAGGGAUCCUCUUAACGAGGAUAUGUCGAAUGAUGCGCCGAAUUUAAGCGAGGCGGGAACACAGUUGAUCAAGUUUCAUGGUAGUUAUCAACAGUACAACAGAGAUGAGCGUGGUUCGAGAACCAAUUCGUUUAUGAUACGAACGAAGAAUCCUUGUGGUAAAGUUUCAAACCAGCUUUACUUGACUAUGGAUGAUCUUGCUGAUCAGUUUGGAAUUGGGACCCUACGUUUGACUACUAGACAAACGUUUCAGCUGCAUGGUGUUGUUAAGAAGGAUCUUAAAAUGGUUAUGGGUGCUAUUAUUAGAAAUAUGGGCUCGAGUCUCGGUGCCUGUGGUGAUCUUGAUCGGAAUGUGCUGGCUCCUGCUGCUCCUAUUGUGAGGAAAGAUUAUCUCUUUGCUCAAGAAACAGCAGAGAAUAUUGCUGCACUUUUGACUCCUCAAUCUGGUUUUUACUAUGAUGUUUGGGUAGAUGGGGAAAGUUUUAAGUCAGCAGAACCGCCUGAGGUAGUUCAGGCACGAAAUGACAAUUCUCAUGGUACAAACUUCACAGAUUCACCUGAGCCCAUUUAUGGAACUCAGUUCUUGCCGAGGAAAUUCAAAAUUGCAGUUACUGUGCCGACCGAUAACUCCGUGGAUAUUCUCACAAAUGAUAUUGGUGUUGUUGUUGUUACUGGUGAUGGUGGGGAGCCUCAAGGAUUCAAUCUUUAUGUUGGUGGGGGGAUGGGAAGAACACAUGGGAUGGAAAUCACUUUUCCCCGCUUGGCUGAACCAUUGGGUUACGUGCCAAAAGAGGAUAUUUUGUAUGCAGUGAAAGCAAUUGUCGUUACACAACGAGAAAAUGGGAGAAGAGAUGACCGCAGGUAUAGUAGAAUGAAAUAUCUGAUUGACUCUUGGGGAAUAGAUAAGUUCAGAAAUGUAGUUGAGCAAUAUUAUGGCAAGAAGUUCGAACCCUUCCGCAGCUUGCCAGAAUGGGAAUUUAAAAGUUAUCUUGGGUGGCAUCAGCAGGGAGAUGGUGGUUUAUUUUGUGGGCUUCAUGUUGACAAUGGUCGUAUUGCUGGAAAAAUGAAAACGGCACUGAGGCUGGUCUGCUGGUAA